CUUAGCUGGAGGCAAGUGAGAGGUUAGACUGAUAUUCCCACAUAUAUGUUGUACAGCUCCUGGGUUAUUUCAAGACAAUGGGAAAAUGGAGGAACUAGGAGACCGUCUGAAGGUGAUGGUUAAAGUCUUCAGGAGAGAGUGUCACAGGGUUUUACACUCAGAGAGGACCACCAUUCAUGGAGCUGAUGGCAUGCUGAUGUUGCUGCAGCUGGCCAUGGCAGACAUUAAUAAGCAGCACGGCGGAGAGUUCAAAGUGGCUCUGAGUGAUGUCCUGAUGGCCUGGAAACACUUACUGUUAGACAAACUUCACCUGCCACCCCCCAACUUUGCACGCUUGGAGAACUAUGAUCUCAUCCUGGAGGCAUACGAAUCCUUCCUGAAACGCUCCAACACUGUGGACCUGGUUGAUAUCCUCUCCAUGUACAAACAGCUGAGAGUAGAGGAGACGGACCCUGGGGAGCCUGUGAGCCCGGUCGAGUUGUUUGAGUUCUUAUCAGGAAACACGGAGGUCUCAGAGUUGCCAGACUCUUCAGUCCCGUCAACACCGUCCAGUAAAAGCAGGCCCUGCAGCUCCCAGGUGAAAACGGCAGUGAGACGGGUUUUCUGCUCCUAUCUGAAUUUACUUGUGAACAUCAAGAACGACCUGGCCUUGGCGCUAACCCUUGACGUCCCUAGUCGCACUCUUGGACGUCAGGCAUUCACUGACAUAAAGCAUGCUGCACAGAACAACAACACUUCCCUCUUCUUGGCUGUGACAUCUUUUGUGAGGGCCAUCCAGCUCGGAGGGAAGGGCUACGCUCCAGCUGAGUCUGACCCACUGAGGAAACACGUCAAAGGCCUGUCUGACUUUGUCCAGUUUCUAGACAACCUGGAAGAAAUACUAGGGGAGAUUCCUGACCCAAGCAUAUGUGGAGCCAGGCUGGUGACCGCCGUCAGGGCAGCGCUGGUGAAGGGACGCAGCAGCGGAGAGGCAGUGUACGCCGCGGCUGAGGAGACGACAAAGGAGCUGAAGGAGAGGAUCUGCCAGCUACACCAGAUCCAGAAACAGAUUGCUAAUGGAAGCGGGACAGGCAUAAGCCCUGCCAGGCCAAAGCCUUAUGCAGUCAAUCACUGCACUGCGUACGGAGGUCGGGACACUGUGAAGGUACUGAUGGCUCUGCUGGAUGAAGAGGCGCUGACUCCUCCGUGUCAGAACAAGGCAGACCUGCUGUCUGAGGACCAGCCCGUCCUCAGUGGAGCAGAGGGAACCUGCGUCCUCGACUUGUUCAGAUCCCCUGAAGUGUCUACUGGAUGUUCUCCAGAACCUCUAAAGAACCGGGUCCAGAGCCGGCUAGACCUGCUCAAACCCAAGCCUAGAGACAAAGUCAUUCGAUCCCAGUUUGCGUGCACGUACAAAGAUGAAGAACUGCCACUCAACCGGGUGCUGGAGUUCCCCAGCACCAGCCAGGUCCCAACCUGUGUGCACCCAGCACCCAAACUCCAAACCCUCCCAGCUGUGGAUGAAGACUGCAGCUCUGAUGUGGAGGAGUCAACCCAAGUCUUUCCAGCCAAGUCUACAUCUGAAUGCCCGAAUAAGGAGCAGAGCGGCGUGCAGCGGGGGGCUGCUCUGGCGCCAAGAAGUGGAAAUGCCCAAAACAGAGGUGCAGGCUCGGGCAAUAGGAAGAAAACCGCUGGCAAUGAGACGCAGAGAAAGGGCAACAAGAGGAAGCAGGAGGAGUCAGAGCAACAUGGAGGUUCAGAGAACGAGCCUCCAGAGAAGAAGCUCACUAGUGUCUCGGUCAAAGUGCCUGGCAAGAAUGUCAGCAAGGCCUCCAGUAAGAAGAAGCUGAUAGCUGGACAGGGAAAGCUAACCAGCUUCUUCAGAGUCUAACGGUUGUUUGUACUGGUUUCAUGAUGGUACAGUGCGAGAACUUUCUGUCAAGCUGUGUUCAUACGAAGCAGCUGCAAUUUUUUUGAAAAAUUUUGUGUAGUACAUGAAUAUUCUAAUUAAGGCUGCUUUUAAUGAUGAUUUUUAGUCCGAGUUAAUCUGUUGACUGUUGUUUUAACAAAUACUUUUUGGGAAAUUUGCUUACUUGCUGAGUGUUUGAUGACUCUACGCUAAAUAUAAAGCUACAGCUAGCAAAUGAUAAGCUUAUUUUAGCAUAAAGCAGAGCUAAAAGCUAGCCUGGCUCUGAUAAUUGAGAUAUAACAAGUUAAUUAGUACAAUUUAGAGGUGCUAGGCACAUUUUUAAAUCUUUAGACAGAGCUGGGCAAACUGUUUCCCUCCAGUUUCUAUGUUAAGCUAACUGGCUAACAGUAGCAUUUAGCAUACAGAUCAAUUUUUAUAUGAAGUAGACAAGAUUUUACAAGUUAAUUAGUAAAAUUUAGAGGUGCUACUGAGUGCCUGGUGUUGUCCCAAGUUUUAAAAAUCCAAACUGCAAUUCCAGUUUCUAUGCUAAAAUAAGCUAUCAGUUAGCAGCUAACAGACUAGCAAUUGCACUUAGCAUACAGAUCAUUUUUGGUUUGUAUUAGUUAGCUUUGGAGAUUCUGGUUGGAAGCUUUUUUUUAAAAAAACUUUUUUCAACAGAGCCAGGUUAACAGUUUCGCCUAAAUUCCACUCUUUAUGCUAGGAUAAGCUAAUUGGCUAAUGGAUGCAAUUAAUGAUGAUUUUCAGCCUGUUGUUUCAAAGAAUACUUUUUGAGAAAUACUUCAUUUGCUGACUUUCUCAGAGUUAGAUGACUAUGUGAAAUAUGAAGCUGGAGCUUGCAGGGCAUUGCCCUAUACUACGCUAAGUGGCUAGCAGUAGCAUUUAGCACACAGAUCAAGUUUUGGAUGCAUUAAACAAGAUAUAACAAGUUAAUUGGUAAAAAUUUAGAGCUGCUAGUGGGCGGAUUUUUCAAACUGUUUCCCCCGAAUUCUGCUUUUUAUGCUAAACUGGCUAACUGGCUUUUUAUGCUAAACUAGCUAACUGGCUACAAGUUAAGCUAACUGCCUGGUAGCUGUAGCUUCAUACUCAGCAGAGUGCUAUCAAUCUUCCCAUUUAACUCUCAGCAAAAUCCUAAAAUGUCAAACUAUUAAUUUAAUCAUUAAGUCUAUAAAAUGUGGAUGAAAAGCACAAAGUCUUUAUCUAGCUUUUUUUUUCUUUAAAAAGGACAUGAACGUCUAAUCGCUAAUCAAAAUUACCACUGAUUAAGUUUCUGUUGAUUAACUAAGCAAUAUAUUGUUUCCACACUAGUUUAACUGCUAUUUUUACCUGUUUAGCAGUGUGGAAAAUGUGGGUGGCCACAAUGUGAAUAAUCAGUAUGACAGUACAUCACUGGGAAAUUGGUUAAUACACUUUCUUUCAUCGAGACAAGUCCUGCUUUGUGCUUGAAAUGUAGCCUAUUUAAUCAUUAGUUGUACAGUUUAUUUAACUUGUAAAAUUCCACAGCGAAAGUAACUUUGUAAAUACAAUGCACACUUUUCACUUUUAAUAAACUUUUUUAUUUUGUUUUACAA